AGAUCGUCACGGAGCUCUCCGGCCUUUUCGAGGAGGCUGUGUAUAUAAAAUUCCCUCAGAAGCUUAGGGUUUGGUUGUCGCCAUCGCAAUCAACUCCUCUCUCACCUCCCUCGUCUCGUUUCUGUCCUACGUUUCUCCAUCGUCUACCACCAAUCUACCACCAAUCUUCCAGAGAUUUCACAGUUCUGCCGUCAUGGAGAUCGAGUGCGUGACUGAGUUUCCGCACACCCGCAUGGAUCCUCGACCUCGGAAGAGGGCCCGUCUCGGUUGGGAUGUUCCUGAAGCCCCGAAGGCUCAGGUGGGAAUGAUAAGUGGACCCGAGGUUUCGAGUCUUACAGGCUAUACGUGCUCAACAGCACCCUCCGGAUACACUUCUAGUUCUCUUUUUGAAAAGCAAGUUGUUCAAAAUGGUUCUCCCCCGAGGAGAGAAGAUGACAAAGAUGGGCAUUACAAGUUUGAGCUCGGAGAAAACUUAACUUCACGCUAUAAGAUCCACAGCAAAAUGGGUGAAGGAACUUUUGGUCAGGUCCUAGAAUGUUGGGAUAAAGAAAAGAAAGAAAUGGUGGCUAUCAAAAUUGUGCGUGGGGUCAGUAAGUAUCGUGAGGCAGCUAUGAUUGAAAUUGAUGUUCUCCAGAAACUUGGAAGGCAUGAUAAAGAUGGUAAUCGUUGUGUACAAAUACGGAACUGGUUUGACUAUCGUAACCAUAUCUGUAUCGUGUUUGAGAAGCUUGGGCCAAGCAUAUACGAUUUCCUUCAGAAAAACAGUUAUCGCUCGUUUCCCAUUGAUAUCGUCCGUGAGAUUGGCAGACAACUGUUGGAGUGUGUAGCAUUCAUGCAUGAAUUGCAUCUUAUACACACUGAUCUGAAGCCUGAGAACAUCCUUCUAGUUUCUCCAGAAUAUGUGAAAGUCCCAGAAUACAGGAGCACAUCUCGAUCACCUGAGAGUAGUUCAUACUUUAAGAGAGUCCCGAAAUCAAGUGCUAUCAAAGUGAUUGAUUUCGGAAGCACUGUUUAUGAAAGCAGGGACCAGGAUUACACAGUCUCGACACGGCAUUAUCGAGCACCGGAGGUUAUUCUAGGUCUUGGUUGGAAUUACUCCUGUGAUAUAUGGAGUGUUGGGUGCAUCUUAGUGGAACUGUGCACGGGUGAGGCAUUGUUCCAAACUCAUGAGAAUCUUGAGCACCUUGCGAUGAUGGAGCGUGUUUUGGGUCCUUUGCUUCCUCACAUGCUGAAGAGAGCAGAUCGUCAUGCGGAGAAAUAUGUUAGAAGGGGAAGGUUGUAUUGGCCUGAAGGAGCCAGCUCCAGAGAAAGCAUCAGAGCUGUUAAUAAGCUGCCCCGUCUUCAGAACUUGAUAAUGGAACAUAUGGACCAUUCUGCUGGGGAUCUCAUACAUCUACUACGCGGACUCCUGAAAUACGACCCCUCGGAUCGGCUUACGGCGAGAGAAGCACUUAGGCAUCCCUUUUUCAAUCGGGAUCACCAUCACAGGAGAUAAUGAUAUACUUAUUCAAGAUAAUUGAACAAGCGAUGCUGUAAAUUCUGAGAAACUCUCCUUUUCUUGCCUGGGGGUCUUUUGAAGUGGUGCCAUAUGACGUAUUUCUCGGAUAGAAUAUACCUCCUGCUGCUGCUGCUGCUAACAUGUGGAAUUCUUGGCUUACGUAAUGAGAUGAAUGCGUUUAAUUUUUUUUUCCCCCUUUCGUAGAAGAAAUGUUUGUGUAAAUUCUAUAUAUGUAUAGGGACCCUUUGCAAGUUGGGUUUAAUUAAUGUAUACAUCUUUACUUCCGCAGUAGCCAGGUUGGCAUUAAAGAAAUGACUAGAUUACUAUAAUCAUUAUUAUUAUGUACGCUCGAACUGAAUCCAAGUUGUGUUCAAUCU